GUCCAAAAAUUAUUUUCUCCUUGAGAUAAGAUAACAUAAUAAUCUAAAUCCCAAGGAGGUAUGUUUUCUCGAUUGAUAGCUCAGACAACUUUUAAACAUAUACCGGUUGUCGAUCGUCGAGCGCAGAUAAAGUGAAGGUUGGGAUCUCAAACCUCCAGUGAAAAUGUUAUUUUUCUCAUACUUCAAGGAUUUGGUGGGCAGAGAGGUGACAGUUGAGUUGAAGAACGACCUAGCAAUUCGAGGAACUUUGCAUUCUGUAGAUCAGUAUCUCAACAUCAAACUGGAAAACACGAGGGUUGUCGAUCAAGAAAAAUACCCUCACAUGCUUUCUGUGAGAAACUGUUUUAUCAGGGGAUCGGUUGUGAGAUAUGUUCAACUUCCACCAGAUGGUGUUGAUAUCGAGCUGUUGCAUGACGCCACUAGGCGCGAAGCUCGGGGUGGCUAAUGUCACUUUGUUUGUAAGUUUGUAUUGAAUCACAUGGAAAUUAUUAGAGUGCACUUUUUAGCAUACUGCAAUGUGAGACAAUUAGAAUCUUGUACAUUCUGUUCAAGUGUUCUCGAUCAAAGAAUCCAAUGAGAUUCUUCUGUUCAGCGGGUAAUAGUGAAACCAAGGGUUGGGGCCUUCACAAUGACCAAAAUGUUGUUAUGCUUUUGGAUUCA